AUGCCGACCUUUCAGAGCAAAAAGUUUCGGUCCACCGGCGAGGCCAGCGCCAUGGGCGCCAAGUACCGCGCUGUCAUGAGCAGGCACCCGUUUCUCAUGUUUGGCCUGCCGUUUCUGGCCGUCAUUGUCGCUGGCUCCUUUGUCCUGACGCCGGCGACGGCGAUUCGCUACGAGCGGCACGAUCGUCGUGUGCGCCAGAUGACGCGCGACGAGGAGCUCAACGUGCGACGCUCGGCGCGCAAGGUGGACAUGCGCGAAGAAUACUAUGUACGUUGGCUCGGCAACAAGCAGAUGCAGAAAUUUCUGAGAACCAUGGAGACGAGAACUUGGGAGCUAAUCAUUGCGAAACAGAGGUUGGCGGGCGGCAAAGACUUGGAUAACUGGGAGCAGAAGCGCGUGGAACGACUUCCAGGCGAAAGCGACGGCAUCUUACGAUAA